AUGAAGUGGGUGCCUUUAAUAAUAUGGAGGCGCAACCUAAUGAAAGAACAGCUGGCAAGGGCUGUUUUUAAAGAAAAACUGUUUGCUACCCCUUAUUAUGCAAGAAUUCCGCUUGAGGACCGUGAGACGGAAACAGUAGAAGGUUGGAGUAUUAUGAAGCCUCGUAGGUUCUUUAAUUCUUACUUAAAGCUGUCUAAAUCAAAUCUUACUGCUUUAAUAAGCCUGACGGCUGCGGGUGGGUACUUAAUGUCUCCUUCAAUGGUUUCUUGGUCGAUAAUACCUUGUGUUGCUGGCACUGCUCUCCUUUCAUCUUCUGCAAAUUCAAUCAAUCAGUUUUUGGAAUCUCCAUACGAUGCGCAAAUGAAACGGACCGCAUCAAGACUUCUAGUGACUCACAGGUUUACCCCUCUUCGUGCUUGCACCUUUGCAUUGUUAUCUGGAAUUCUCGGUACAUUAAUUCUGUGGACUGGCUGCAAUGCUAGUACAACGUUCCUUGGCUUGUUAAAUCUUUUCUUAUAUGUCGGAGUUUACACUCCUUUGAAACGGCACCACAUUUUUUGCACAUGGGCUGGAGCUGUGGUUGGGGCUAUACCGCCGCUUAUGGGUUAUGCUGCUGCUGGUAACCUGGCUUUGCCAGGUUUUGUGAUUGGUGCCUUAGUGUAUUUCUGGCAGUUUCCACAUUUUAAUGGUUUAAGUUGGGCUUUACGGGGCGAAUAUACACGUGCGGGUUAUAGAGUGAUGUGUGUUCUCGACGAAAGGCUUUGUAAAGCUUCAUCAUUAAGGAACACGAUUGCUUUGAUUCCCCUGUGUUCUCUUGCAGCCCCUUUAAGUGGGCUAACGUCGUGGACGUUUGCGCUAGAUUCUCUACCUCUGAAUUUAUAUUUUGCAUAUCUUGCAUUACGAUUUUAUAGGAAUGCCGAUUCGAAAUCGUCGCACUCCCUGUUUAUGUACAGUCUUUUGUAUUUGCCCUUAGUAUUCGUGGUAAUGUUUAUGAGUAGGCUGGAAGUCAACAAACUUUCCGAUCCAUUCAUUAGGCCUUAG